GGCGAGGCGCGCGUUACGAUCGUACGUGCGCGAACCAGCGAAGACCAUCACCGACGAAUCACCUUGAGGUACCUGAGGUGCCUCUGCCCAACGGUACAUUUCAGCGGGCACCGAACGAUUCCGUAUUGCACACACGACCGUACGCAUAUGAAUGAAAAAGCAACAGUGCGCCGGACGCGACGAGUGCUGUAAGUAGAAGAUUUGAAUCGCGAGUGUGGACGACGAAGAUGAGUUUGUGUUGAGAGGUGACAAAAAAGGGACUUGCACAAUUUGCGUCGACAGACUAUUUACGGAACAUGUGUGAAUUGCAUCGGUUUGUCCUGGUGCUGGUGCUUGCGCUAUGUGCGGCGAUCGGGACGCGAGCACAAGAGGAUUCGCUCGCCGGGAGCUUCUUCUCCGGCUUACUGGACACAAUCACGAGCACGGCGGAUUCGAAAGACUGCCCGGGCGUGUGCGUGCACGCUCUGGCGACGCUGAUUUGCUACGACGUGCUGGAAAACGUGCAAUGCCCGCAGUCGAUGAAAUGCUGUGUGGAAUCGGCGCCAGCGAACGCAACGGAAAAGAUGCCCGCGAAUGUUAGCGCCCCAGCGAGUACCUCAGUACGGACAACUACUACUACUCCUCCUCCGACAACAACUACAAGGACUACAACUACCACUAAACCCACGACGACGGAAUCGAAUAAAAAGGAAGCGGGGGCCAAGGUUUGUCCUGGCGUGUGCGUCGCCAACCGUAUAGCAGACUAUUGCGAGGCAAUAUUGACCACCGAGGACCUGUGCAAGGCGGGCUUACGCUGUUGCGUCUCCAGCGAUGCGUUCGGUGACAAAGUUCCGCCGAACUUGAUCAUCCCCAACAAGACGAAGCACAAUCUAACGCGCAACGAAGUGCGAAACACGCCCAAACCGACGACGACCUCCACCACAGAGAGCUUUAUCAAGACAACGCUCAAUCACCUGCCGCCGGCGACAAAGGUAGGCGGCACGCAGCCGCCGAACCAUAAGUGCGCCGGUGAAUGCGUGAGUGGAUUGUUCGCUUUGUUCUGCGAUGACAUCGACUCGGAGGCUGACUGUCCCGACGAGGGGAGCUGCUGCAUCACCAACCCGCCCGCAGGUGAAGAGCCCCGACCGCCGUUGCCACCGCCGACAACAACCACAACGCUGGCGCCUUCACGUCCCGCUAUAACACCUGAUCCAGGGCCGCGUUGUCCCGGCUUCUGCUUGCUUAACAUAAUGGCGGCGUUCUGCGAACGACCCUCGGUUCUAAUCCCCCACACGGUCAACUGCAAACGAGGAUCAGUGUGCUGCGAUAACACGAGAUCCGUGACGGCAACAAGUCGACCGCGACCACAGCAGAGUCAACAAACGUCCACGACCACGACCACGACCACCUCUACCACGACGACGAGCGACCCGCGACCGGAAUGCCCCGGUUCUUGUAUUGUCUCCUACCUGAGCUUCACAUGCUUCCGAAACGCGGAGAUGACCGAAGUGUUCAAAUGCCGGAAAUCUGGCACCAAAUGUUGCGCACCCAAAUCGCUCAUUCGAGAAAUCACCGGUGCCAAGGAAGAGGAUGGUGUUAGUGUGAAAAAUACCACCCCCAUUGCUGCUUCGCCAGCGUUUACCACGCCGUGGCACACAACCCUCAAUGAUACGUCCGCGUUGACCACCCCCGACGGAUUGAAGUCGGGCACGACCGGAAAACCGCCCGUCUACAGCAAGUACGUGUGCGGCGUCAAGGGCACCGCACGGGCAGGCCGGGUCGUCGGCGGCGAAGACGGCGAUCGCGCUGAAUGGUGCUGGCAAGUGGCGCUAAUUAAUUCACUUAAUCAAUAUUUAUGCGGCGCGGCUCUCAUCGGAACUCAAUGGGUAUUGACGGCUGCUCAUUGCGUAACCAACAUAGUUCGGUCGGGCGAUGCAAUUUACGUGCGGGUGGGCGACCACGAUCUGACCAGGAAGUACGGCAGCCCCGGCGCUCAGACACUGCGCGUUGCCACCACCUACAUCCAUCACAAUCACAACAGCCAGACGUUGGAUAACGACAUUGCACUGCUCAAGUUGCACGGCCAGGCCGAGCUGAAAGAGGGCGUCUGCUUGGUGUGCUUGCCGGCGCGCGGCGUCAGUCACGCCGCCGGCAAACGCUGCACGGUCACCGGUUACGGCUACAUGGGCGAAGCCGGUCCCAUUCCGCUGCGAGUGCGAGAGGCCGAAAUUCCCAUUGUGAGUGACGCGGAAUGUAUCCGCAAGGUGAAUGCAGUUACGGAGAAGAUAUUCAUCCUGCCGGCGAGCAGUUUUUGCGCCGGCGGCGAGGAAGGAAACGACGCUUGCCAGGGUGACGGUGGAGGACCACUGGUGUGCCAAGAUGACGGCUUCUACGAGCUGGCCGGCCUGGUUUCCUGGGGAUUCGGUUGCGGACGAGUUGACGUGCCCGGCGUCUACGUCAAAGUAUCAUCGUUCAUCGGCUGGAUAAAUCAAAUCAUCAGCGUAAACAACCUCUAAAUGUACAGAACCGUCGACUGCUCCGGCAUUUACCAGCAUUCCACUUAACCAUUUGUUUCUUUGAGUUUCAUGCAUGCGCUGCGCCGCCGACACAAAAUGCGCACGCAUGCUGAAUCCCUCUGUGUACAUAUAUAUAUAAUAACGUGCCUAGGGUAAGCGAAACUGUUAAUUAAUUUUUGGGGGCCAUUGAAAAUGCGAUUAUCUACUUAUCUGCUCGUAGCAUAAUCGCUUUUUGGGUAAAAUCGUGUACAGAGAGAAAUUACGGAUGGACCUACGCGCGGUUUCGACAUUAUCUACCUGAUCCAUGAAAUCUUUUUGCACAUUCGCACAUUGUUGGAUAUAUUUAUGACUUUGCAUAGAUUUUCGAUUUUAUUUAUUUGCGUUAAGGCUGAAAUCAUAUUACACACCUACGUAUUUAAUCUAGAUUUAACUGCAACUUCGGCAACACUCGCAUCCCAACCGGCACUACAAUGUUUAACUCGUUUUGUAGCUUAUGCAAAAUAUUAGCAUCAUGUAACAUGUUCGUAAUCACCAGUAGUUACUGUUAUAUAGGUUUUUUUUUUACUUAGAUGAUUUUACCUACACUGUAGAGUUUUAUAUGAUGUACGUUGUUACCAAGUAAGUAAAAUGUUUUGAAAAACA